AUGUCUCCAUUAGUUACAUUUGAGGCCUUCGAAGCAUUUGAAGAAAGUAUCAAAGAAGAGCAGUCCUUUAAAAAUUUGGUCAUGGAAUUAGUCGCCAAUUCUGAAAAAACGUAUGAUAAAUUUAUCAGGAGCUCAUGGCGCCUAUUGAUAUCGGAUGACGUAGCAAGACAAUGUUCUUGGCGUGGAACAGAUACGAAAAAGUGUGUUAGAGGCCUUCGAAUCACAUUGGCAAUACGUAAUGCAUUCAAGCAAAAGUUCGCACUUGAAGACAGUGACUUUGACCGCGUUACACAGAAGUUUUUUCAAUACGCGCAGGAAAGACUGGCAAGAUUAGAAAAAUGUAAUUCAAAAAUACCUAAAAUAUAAUGUUCUUGGUGAAUUAGUUAUUAACAUAUUGAUGGUCCUGUGGAUUAACGACACAAUUCAAAAUUCAAAAAAUAAAAACCCUUACUAAUGUUAAGUGACUCAUGUCUCUAAUCCUUGUCGGAUCUAUGUAUAAUCUUUAGUAAUUA